CGCCCAGUCACAAGGCUCCUCUGCGUCUCGCCAGCCGAAGGCGCAGGCCCAAGCAACCCGGCCGCUCAGAGGGUGCAGGUGCGGACGCACCGGCCAUCACCGCGCGCGGCUGCGCAGCGGUCACCGUAGGCACCGGCCUCUGACUCCCCGAGAGCGGGCGAUCAAGAGCAGCCCCUUCUAAGGGUCCACAUCAGCCCCCCGACCAACCUCACCCAACAGUGCUCUGUGCCUCCUGGUUCAGAGGCUCCUUACAGCCCUGUACAAAGGGGCAGCCACAGAACCCGAGGCCAUGUCCCAUGAAAAGAGUUUCUUGGUGUCUGGGGACAGCUAUCCUCCCCCCAACCCUGGCUAUCCUGUGGGGCCUCAGGCCCCUAUGCCUCCCUAUGUUCAGCCUCCCUAUCCUGGGGCCCCAUACCCACAGGCCCCUUUCCAGCCCAAUCCCUAUGGUCAGCCAGGUUACCCCCAUGGGCCCAGCCCCUACCCACAAGGUGGCUACCCUCAGGGACCCUACCCUCAAGGAGGCUACCCACAGGGGCCAUACCCACAGAGCCCCUUCCCCCCCAACCCUUAUGGACAGCCACCACCCUUCCAGGACCCCGGCUCACCUCAGCAUGGGAACUACCAGGAAGAAGGGCCUCCAUCUUACUAUGACAACCAGGACUUCCCCGCCGUCAACUGGGACAAAAACAUUCGGCAGGCCUUCAUCAGAAAGGUGUUCCUGGUGCUGACCCUGCAGCUGUCGGUGACCCUGUCGACUGUGGCCGUUUUCACUUUCGUUGGGGAAGUCAAGGGCUUUGUCCGGGAGAACGUCUGGACCUACUAUGUCUCCUAUGCCAUCUUCUUCAUCUCCCUCAUUGUCCUCAGCUGUUGUGGGGACUUCCGGCGAAAGCAUCCCUGGAACCUUGUUGCUCUGUCGAUCCUGACCGUCAGCCUGUCCUACAUGGUGGGCAUGAUAGCCAGUUUCUACAACACGGAGGCAGUCAUCAUGGCAGUGGGCAUCACCACAGCUGUCUGCUUCACGGUGGUCAUCUUCUCCUUGCAGACCCGCUAUGACUUCACCUCCUGUAUGGGGGUGCUUCUGGUGAGUGUGGUGGUGCUCUUCAUCUUCGCCAUACUCUGCAUCUUCAUCCGGAACCGCAUCCUGGAGAUCGUGUAUGCCUCGCUGGGCGCUCUGCUCUUCACCUGCUUCCUGGCAGUGGACACCCAGCUGCUCCUAGGGAACAAGCAGCUGUCCCUGAGCCCGGAAGAGUAUGUGUUUGCAGCUCUGAACCUGUACACGGACAUCAUCAACAUCUUCCUAUAUAUUCUCACCAUCAUUGGCCGCGCCAAGGAGUAGAACAAGCCCCAGCUCAGGUGGCAUGGUUGGCUCAGACCCAUGCCCCUGGCAUGACAAUGCCAUCUGUGCUUCCCUCUCUCUGAUCCUCAGGCAUGGCCUGGAGCAGAGGGAGCCCUUCUUACCCUCGUGUAUGUACACUGCAAAUACUUAACAUUUGGACCCUCUAUGGCCACAGCAUGGCCCUUUUUAGCUCUCUUGCCCUUGCCAAAGGGUGAUGGGACUGCAUUUCUGUGCCACCUUCUGUCCACUCAUUGUUGCAUGAGCCCUGUCUGCCAGCCCCUUCCAGGGUCUGGGAUCAACACCAGGUCCCAGGGAAGAAGGAUCACUCUAAGAGGUGAGGGUGCACGGCUUCCCUCCUGUCCCAGCUCCCCUGGUGUAGAGUACCCCCCCGUUCCCUCCCCACCCUGCCUUCUGAGGGACAUGCAGGAUGGGGUCUCGUUCUUGUGCUGAGCCCCGAGAGCAGAGAGGAUGGCAUGUUUCAGGGGAGGAGCCUUUUACUCAUGCUGCCAUCGUUAAAAUUCCAAUAAAGGUUAUCUUCUGCUCUGUU